UUUAUGAAGAAAAAAAAACAAAAAAAUGCACAUGUUAUUUCAGAGAAGCGGUUCUCGUAGUUUUCUUCGGAAGAAUCGCCAGAUCCUAGCUUCUUCGCCCACUACGAUCUCAGACUCCACUUACCAAGAUGGUGUACGAAAUAACUGAGCAGAAAAAAGUUGGGUUGGGACUCAUUGGCUUUGGUUUAUCCUUUACGUUUCUCGGUGUCAUCUUGUACUUUGACAGAGGUUUGCUCGCUUUAGGAAACUUAUUCUGGUUGAUAGGUGUUGGCCUUUUACUUGGUUGGCAGUCGACUUAUAGACUAUUUACCAACGUUAAUAACUUGAGGGGCACUGUCUGUUUCGUCCUUGGACUCUUUCUUAUAUUUGUACGUUGGCCCAUAGUCGGCAUAAUCUUGGAGAUAUACGGUGUUAUUGUUCUAUUCGGAGGAUUUUGGUCAACGGUAAAGGCAUUCCUUUCCCAGAUUCCUUUCGUUGGAUGGAUAAUUCAGUAUCCUCUCAUGGUUAUUGAGCAACUUGUAAGAGGUUCUCGUUGAUACAGAUCAAUCUCAUGGCUCUUCAGCCUCUCUAGAAAUCGAAAACAACUGCUGCUUACUUUUUUUUUUGUUUCCUUGUAAGAGGUUCUCGUUGCUUCUACUUGUAGAAAACAGCAUCAAUGCUUUUGCUUGCUUGCUUCUUUUUUUUUUUUUUUGAGAGCAUGACAGAGACUUUGCUCUGUUUUUAUCAAUUUUUAAUUUUUUUUAAAACAAAAUAUUUGCAACUAAAUAUAACUCUCUAAUCUUUGUGCCAA